GUAGAAAGGAACGAGCGAAUACUGUUUGAAUAUUGCGUGGUGAACUAGUCCGUCUUGAGAGACGGUUUCAAUAUAUACUACGUAAUUUGUAUUAAACUUUUUAAACCAAAGAAACUUUCUGCAAAUAGACCUAAACAUGCUCCGUCACAUAUUUGACAGAAGAAAAAAGUACAAAUUAGACAAUGGCAAUAUCAGUACUCUUUCAACUCCAGUAUUGUUCCAAAAGACUCUCACAGAUUUGACUGUCCAAAAGAAAAAACAGAAGUCAACAACGUGCAAAAUAAACUAUAAACCAUUUUUAUGUCUAUUUUAUGUUCUUCUGUGCAGCGUAUUCAUCACAUUAACUUCUGCGUUCGUGAAGAAAAUGACUUAUAUAAGUCCGGGAGAAUUGUCGAUGAUUCGAAACGCUGGAGUUCUAGUUUUCAACCUACCCAUUGCAGUGUACAAUGUGAGAGAGGUGUUUGGCCCUAAGGAACACCGCUGGAUGCUGAUACUUAGAGGAGUUUUAGGUUCGUUGGCAUUGUAUCUCAACCUCCUGGCCUUCAGAUAUCUGCCUCUUGCCGAUGCUGCCAUAAUCCUGGCUACCUUGCCUGCCUUUGUAACAGUAAGCGGUCGAAUAUACUUAAAAGAGCCAUGUGACGGUGUACAAAUUUGUGCUCUAGUGACAACAGCCCUUGGAGUGCUGAUUUCUGUUAGAAUACCAGAGUUAGUUAAAGACCGGUCUGGAAUAACUUUCAACAUUGCUUACGUUACCGGUCUGAUAUGUGCUAUUGCUGAUGUCCUGAUUCUUUCAUUUUCUUUCGUGACUCUAAGAAAAAUGAAAGAUAUUCAUUUUUCUGUCAUCCUGAUCUACUUCGGAUGGACCGGCGUCCUCGAAAAUGGCAUACUUAAUGGCAUUUUCGAGUUCUAUGAGGUACAAAAAUGUGGAUGGGAUACCGUGCAGGUGCUACUCAUUGGAAUCGCAGGAUUUUUGGGACAUAUUAGUUUAGUUCUUGCAUUUCAAAUAGAGGCUGCAGGAAUUGUCUCGAUCAUGAAAUCAUCGUUUGACAUAAUUGUCGCCAUGUUAUUCCAAAUUCUGUUUUUUAAUUCGAUACCAGACUUGUACAGUAUUGCAGGAGGAAUUCUUGUCCUGCUAUCAGUGACGUUGCUCGGCAUCAAAAACUGGAUUGCGUCUCAACCAGAGAAUUCAGCAAUACGAAUGAAGUGUCGAUAUUUGUUGUGUUAAAGAUAUUUUUACUUGCAUGAGAUGUAAAGUCGAAAGUUAAAUUAAUCUCUAUACAUAACUGGCUACUUCUGUAUGUAUGUCCGGUGUAAUAUUCAAAACGAACUGGACAGAUUUCAACCAUUUUUUCAUCAUAGAUAGCUACAUUAUCAGGGAGCAACAUAGGGUAUAAUUUAUUUCUAAAAAAUUAGUUUAAAAAUGUUAUGAUGGAAAACAGUAAAUGUCAUGUAAUUUCCCCAUUAAAUGAUUAAGUAUUAAAUCCAUUGUUACGAAAAUUCGUUGCCUAACAACAGCAAUAUUAAAAGUAAUCAUAAUGUAAAUUUUGAAUCAAGGCCUCUCUGGAGCAAGCAUGAUAUUGCUUUCUUAGGAAUUGCAUCCUCAUCUUUAUACAUAAAGGGCUAAUCUCUGCCCGGAUGUCCGGGGUAAACUUCCAAACUACUGGACGGAUUUUAACCAUUUUUUCACCAUAGAUAGCUACAUUAUCAGGGAACAACUUAGGCUAUAAUUUAUCGUUAAAAAACUUAGUUUAUAAACGUUAUGAUGGAAAACAGUAAAUGUCAUAUAAUUUCCCCAUUAAAUGAUUAAAUAUUAAACCCACUGUUACGAAAAUUCGUUGCCUUUCAACAGCAAUAUUAAAAGUAAUCACAAUGAAAAUUUUGAAUCAAAGCUUCUCUAGAAGCAAACAUGAACUUAAAGUCAUUUAAAUAUUUGGAAACUUUACUUUGUGUGUGUGUGUGUGUACUAUUUAAGUAAAUAAAUACUGCUCACGGUUUUUUUAGUCAG